CCCGAAAGAGGUUAGAAGAGGCAGCGAGCAGCUGUGCGCUUCACCAGCCGGCUCCCUGAAAAGGAGCCCGGGGCCUCACGGAAAUCUCAGGGCUGAGGGGGGCCCUGGCUGCCACAGUUCCAGCCGCUCCUCCUGGAGAGCCUAAAUUGGCUCCCUCAGCCCUGCCCUGCCCUGCCCUGGCCAGCACUUGUCUCCCCGGGAUCAGACUUGGAAGCGUGCACCACCGCCCUUCUCCCUGCCUCUGAGGGACGGGUCCUGCUGCCCCUGUGAGCCAUUCCCCGCAGCUCGUCCUCUCGGGUCACUUCCCCCGGGUUUGCACAGGCACCCCUCCCCCAAAUAAUAAAGUCCACGCCAGGGACUCCCUGGAGACUCCUCCCCUUCUUUCCCCGUCGCUGGCGCCAUGACCUUCUCGGAAAUCCUCGAGAGGGUGGGCAGCCUGGGGCCCUUCCAGAUCGUACACGUGUUGCUGCUGUCCACCCCUGUCCUCUUCAUGGCCAGCCACAACCUGCUUCAGAUCUUUACCGCGGCCACGCCCGCCCAUCACUGCGUGCCGGCACACAACGCGUCCUCCCUGGCUUCAGCCCUUCCAGUUGGGCCCAACGGGGAACCCGACCGAUGCUGGAGGUUCACCCAUCCUCUGUUAGAAGGGCCGCUGGGCCCACUGAACACUACCCUCCCCAAUGGGACCCAGCGCCACACGGAGCCCUGCCUGGACGGCUGGGUCUAUGAUAGAAGUAUGUUCACCUCCACCAUCGUGACAGAGUGGGAUCUGGUAUGUGACUUCCGGCAGUUGAAGGAGAUGGCCCAAUCCGUGUACAUGGCUGGCAUCCUGAUUGGAGGGAUUGUGUUCGGGAGCUUGUCAGACAGGUUUGGCCGGAAGCCCAUCCUCACUCUGUCCUACCUUCUGCUGGCCAUUAGCGGCACCUGUGCAGCCUUCUCACCCAACCUCCUGACCUACACCAUCUUCCGCUUCUUGGCCGGCUGUAGCCUCUCGGGCAUCACUCUCAGCACUGUGAUCUUGUGCGUCGAAUGGGUGCCCACCCAUGUUCGGGCCAUCCAGUCGACAAUCACCGGCUACUGCUACACUUUCGGUCAGUUCAUUCUUCCCGGCUUGGCGUACAGCGUCACCGAGUGGCGAUGGCUGCAGUUCGUAGUGUCCAUCCCAUUCUACGUCUUCUUCCUCUCCUCCUGGUAUGUGCCCCAAGGACCUCUUUUCCCCUCUCCAUUCACGUCCCCUCACACCCACACACCAUCUGCCUCCAAAGGACCCAGAGCCCAAGCCACAGCCGAAGCCACACUCUCAGCUGGAAUACUUCAGAAGGAACUGAAACUCAAUCUUCAUAAGGAGAUCUCCUUGGGCAAAUCUUCCUACAGCGUGAUCACCCUCUUCCAAAACCCCAUCCUGCGCCGGAUAUCUUACUGCAUCUGUCUCAUUUGGUUCGCCACAGGAUUUGCCUACUACAGCCUUGCCAUGGGCGUGGAGGACUUUGGUGUCAACAUUUACAUGCUCCAGAUUAUUUUCGGGGGCGUCGAUGUCCCAGCCAAGUUCAUCUCGGUCCUCUGCCUGAGCUACGUGGGCCGCCGGGUCACCCAGGGCACCUGCCUCCUUUUGGCUGGCACUGCCAUACUUGCAAACAUCUUUGUGCCCUCAGACAUGCCGAUGAUAAGGACCAGCCUUGCUGUCUUUGGGAAGGGCUGCCUCUCCAGCUCCUAUAACUGCCUCUUCCUAUAUACUAGUGAGCUGUAUCCCACAGUCAUCCGCCAAAGAGGAAUGGGCCUAGGCAACCUAUGUACCCGGGUGGGCAGCAUGAUAGCCCCCCUGGUGAAGAUCACGGGAGAAGUGUUACCCUUCAUCCCAGCACUCAUCUACGGGCUCAUUCCCCUUCUGGGGGGCGCCGUUGCCUUCUUUUUGCCAGAGACCCUCAACAUGGCCCUUCCGGAGACAAUAGAAGAACUACAAAGCCGGAAAAAGUCAGAAGAAGAGAAAGAGGUUCAGAAUAUCCCUCUGCAAUCCUGUGAACCUACAAAAGGGACCAGCUGAGAGAAGGACGAUGGUCAGAGUCACCGGAUGGGAGGCCCCCUUUCCCGUCCUCACCAAAGACUAUAUUCGACCCCCAGAACCCAGCCAAGGCCCCAGCUCCUCCAAGGAGAGGGAGCGAGCUCAUCUCCCAUCCAGCAUGGACUUGGCCAGACCUUUGCUACCCGGAGCCCCUGCUCCACCCCACCCCUACCCAAGGCUCUUUGGUCACAGCUAUCCUGGGCCUGAGUGCCUGAGACCCUCCACAGGAGCUGGACAAAGGGAGGGCUUGCAGGGCUUGCCCCGUCUCUCUCUAUCUCUGUCUCUCUGUCUGUCUGUAUCACACACACACACACACACACACACACACACACACACACACACACACACACACACCCCUUCUCCCAUCAAUCCCACUCAUAGGAUCGGAGGGCUUAGAGUUGGGAGGUCCCUUAGAGAGAGACCUUAGCAGCCAACUAAGGGAGGGAACCUAGAGGCCAAGGACCUCAGUUUGAAUCUUGGGGUUUGCCGUGAUACCUGUUUGACUUUGGGCAAAUCAGGUCUCAGUUUCCUCACCUGUCAAAUGAGGGGGUUGGAACAGAUGACUUCUCCGAUUCCUUCUAGCUCUAAAUCCAUGACCCUGUGACCCCCACCCCCAAUUUAUUACUGAAGAAAAGGAGGUCAGAAAUGAUGAUGUGAGCACCGCUACGUGAAGCGAGAUCUAACUCCAAACCCCUGCACCUCAUUGCCGGCUCCCUCUGCCCAGGCUGCCAAGGUGUCCAGUCCUACCCAUUCCUUGUGUCUCCAAUUCCAAAUCGUCCAGUAUUCUUCCCUGAGUCCUUGCUCUGGCUGGUCCUUCUGGAGUCCUGCUCAGACAUCAGCUCUCCCUGGCCUCUGCCUUCCUUCCCCAGCCCUGGUGCCCCCUCCCGGACCCUUGGCGACAGCAGCAAGGACUGCUAGCCCUGCCCCUGGGGGUCCUGCCUUCCUCCCCAAGAACAUUAAAGGCUUAAGAGUGACAGGGUCUGGGGGUGGGAAGAUAUAUGCAUAUGCUGGAUGUGUGUGUGAAAGAGAGAGACAGAGACAGAGAGAGACAGAGAUGGACCUCGAAUAGCCCACAAGCAAGCAGGAAGCUCCCUGGUCCACUCUCCACUCUCUAAGAAAUUCUCCAUAUGCUUCUUGUGCACACAGGGCAUGGGGGAUCAAUCCUCUUGCAAAGACCAGGUCCCUGGGGGCCAGUAGUUUCAGAUUUUUAAAGUUGUAUCCAUUAACAGACAACCAUGUUUCAUGAGCAACAGAAACCAGAAGGUAGAGCAGACAUGAACAAAAUUUAAUGUUUUUCUCAAAUAAAAAAAUUCAACAAA